UCGCCGGGAGGAAAGACGUCGGUGUUCGGCACGUGAGUUUGUUUGUGUUUCGGGUGGUCGCCGCGGUCCUCGCUGUACACAGCAGACACCGAGCCCCCGACGUCCAGCGACAGCUGCCGGUGCACCGCGGCCGCCAUGGGCAAGAAGAAGGAGAAGAAGGUGAAGGGGGCGGAGAAGACAGCUGCCAAAAUGGAGAAGAAAGUGUCAAAGAGGUCCAAACGAGAGGAGGAGGAUUUGGAAGUUAUGAUUGCUGAGUUUCAGAAUCUGGAUGCAAAGAAGACCCAAGUCGUGGAGACGACGUGUCCUCCUCCAUCGGCGAGAUUGAGUGCGUCCCUCUCCACCCAUCCCGAGAAAGAUGAACUCAUCCUGUUUGGAGGAGAAUUCUUCAAUGGAAAGAAGACGUUCCUGUACAACGAUCUGUUCUUCUACAACGUCAAGAAGAACAGCUGGAUGAAAUCGGACAUCCCCAACCCUCCUCCGCCACGCUGCUCCCACCAGGCUGUGGUAGUCCCCCAGGGUGGGGGUCAGCUGUGGGUGUUUGGGGGAGAGUUUGCCUCUCCAAACGGGGAGCAGUUCUACCACUACAAGGACCUCUGGGUGCUGCACCUGGCCACGCACACAUGGGAGAUCAUCAAGGCGCCUGGCGGUCCGUCGGGUCGCAGCGGCCACCGCAUGGUCCUCAGCAAGAAACAGCUGCUGGUGUUUGGAGGUUUCCACGAGAGCACCAGGGAUUUUAUCUACUACAAUGACGUCUACUCCUUCUCCCUGGAAACCUUUUCCUGGUCACGUCUUGCUCCAUCAGGCUCCGCCCCCUUACCGCGCUCCGCCUGUCAGAUGACCUCCACAGCCGACGGCAUGGGUGUCGUCAUCUACGGGGGGUACUCCAAAGUGCGAGUCAAGAAGGACGUGGAGAAGGGGACCAUGCACACCGACAUGUUCCUUCUCAAGCGAGAGGGUAAAGAUGGCCAAGAGAAGUGGUCGUGGUCCAGACUGAGCCCCUCUGGGAACAAGCCGACACCCCGCUCUGGUUUCUCCGGGGCGGUGGGCCCGGGGGGGCGGGCGGUGCUGUUUGGUGGGGUUUGUGACGAGGAAGAGGAGGAGACGCUAGAGGGCGACUUCUACAACGACUUCUACCUGUACGACACGGGGAAGAACCGCUGGUUCCCCGGCCUGCUCAGGGGAAACAAGUCUGAGAAGAAGAAACGGAGACGGGGGAAGAAGGCUGCAGCAGACGGGGAGGGAGCAGAGAAGAAGGGGGAGGACGAGGAGGGGGCACCCCAAGGACCCACCGAGGUCAUCAGGGAGAUCGUCACUGAGGACGGCACAGUGAUGACCAUCAAGGAAGUGAUUCCUGGAGCUCAAGAGGAGGAGGAGGAGGAGGAAGAAGAGGAGGAGGAGGAUGAUGCCUCGGCCCCCCUGGUGGAGCCCUGCGCGAGGUCCAGCGCCAUGGCAACGGUGCGCCAUGGCAAGCUCUUCCUCUACGGCGGGAUGUUCGAGGUCGGCGACCGCCAGUUCACCCUGAACGACUUCUACUCGCUGGACCUCAACAAGAUGGACCAGUGGGAGGUUCUGGUGGAAAUGGACCCGAAGACACAGGAGUGGCUGGAUGAGUCUGAGUCAGAGGACGAUGAGGAAGAGGAGGAGGAGGAGGAGGAGGCAAAAGGAGCAGAAGGAGAGAAAGAAGAGGAGGAGUCUGAAGAGGAGGAUGAGGAAGAGGACCAGGAGCACCCCGCAGUGCAGGAGGGAGAUUUGUUGUCGGACUACCAGACCCGCACCGAGCAGUACUGGAUCGGUCUGGCGCGUGCCAACAUGGGCGCCGACGCCAAGGACAAAAAGGUCGCCAAGGUCGCCCUCGCCAUGGCGAAGGUCUUCUUCGAAGACCAAUAGUGCGAUACGCCAAACUGUGUGUGUGUGUGAAAUAGUAUGUUGAAAUGACCUUUUUUAAAACAUGUCCUUUAAACUGUGCAGCAAAUUAUGUAUUUAUUUUUUUUAAACGGAAAACAAAAACGCGUUGUUUUCUCCCACUGGUCCAAUUAAAUUUGAAUAUAAGCACUA